AGCUGUGAUCAGAGAGAAGUUUCCGGCGUCGCUUCACUGCCUCCUGCUUCUGCUCUCUGGAGUCUCCUCUUACAAUACAGCCCUGUUAGAGAUGGUUCAUCCAAGAGAGGUCAGCCAAGAUGAAGCUCCUGAUGGGCUUCCCAAACCUGAGCAACAGAACACAGUGGACCAUCAAGAGGAACCCCAGAAACCAGUCAUAAGAAGAUCUUUAUCUCUACCUCCUACUGUUUCCUCACUGUCCACUGCAGAACCACAACCCUCUACGGUCAGUCAGGAGAGUGAAGGAGCUCACACAGCUUCAAACACCAAACCUGAGCAACAGAACACAGUGGACCAUCACGAGGAACCCCAGAAACCAGUCAUAAGAAGAUCAUCUCUAUCUUCACCUCCUACUGUUUCCUCACUGUCCAUUGCAGAACCACAACCCUCUAUGGUCAGUCAGGAGAGUGAAGGAGCUCACACAGCUUCAAACACCAAACCUGAGCAACAGAACAAAGUGGACCAUCAUGAGGAACAUCAGAAACCAGUCAGAAGAUCAUCUCUAUCUUCACCUCCUACUGUGUCUUCACUGUCCACUGCAGAACCACAACCCUCUAUGGUCAGUCAGGAGAGUGAAGGAGCUCACACAGCUUCAAACACCAAACCUGAGCACAGUGGACCAUCAUGAGGAACCACAGAAGCCAAUCAGAAGAGGAUCUGUGGAACUGCCUCUUACUGUUUCCUCACUGUCCACUGCAGAUCCAAAGGAUGGAACAGACCCUUCUACUGUCACUCAGGAGAAUCAAGGAGCUACAACAACCUUCAAACCUUUUCAAAAAGGUUCUAUAUAGAACCAUAUAAAA